UACAAGCAAGCCACUUUUUGAGACAUUUAAUAAUAUCCUACUACCACAACGCACUGCAUGAAGCAUGGACAAUGACGGCUAUACGGACAAGAAUUACGGUUUCUGGAAAGGAAAAGAAGGCAUUACGGGCCUUUUAUUAUAAUCAAGAGAAAAAACCUACCCAAAUCGAAGUUGCGGAUUGGUUCAAAAGUGAAUUUGGAAAACCAAUUGCUCAGUCAACCUUAUCUAGAAUUCUUUCGGACAGGUUUGCGUAUUUGGACGAUACUGAUCAAAAUUUGCAUGCAAAAAGAAAUCGAUCGCCAAAAUAUCCGGCGCUCGAGAAGGCGCUUUAUAACUGGAUUCAGGAUGCUCAUUUUACAAGGACGAAAGCCACAAAUGACAUACUAAAAGCAGCGGCGACGAAGCUCUGGGGUACAAUUCCCGAAUAUAGAGAAGCUUCAAUGCCUGAAUUCAGUAAUGGCUGGGUUGAAGGCUUUCGAAGACGGUACCUGGAGCGAGCGGACGAGCCUUCUCGGGGUGAAUAUUUUAUCGACGUUGAGCAUCUUGGCGACAGCAUGGUGCGAAUUCAAGAUGUUGCGAGUUUUUUUCCCAAAGAAAACAUAUUUAACGUGGAUGAAACUGGUUUGUUUUGGAAACUAUUACCGAACCAAACCCCUUCUAUCGAAAACUGCGGGCAUACAAAACGUUACAAGGCCAAGAUAAGCAUUGUAAUGUGUGCAAAUUCGACUGGAAGUGAGAAACUUCCUUUGUGGGUGAUAGGGUAUGCGAAACGACCAAGAGCUUUUCAUUCAACUGGUACUUAUCCUGAAAACAUUGGUAUACAUUGGUGCAGUUCUGGGAAAGCGUCUAUGACACUUACCAUUAUGAAGAAAUGGCUCCGUUGGUUUGAUGCCAAUAUGGAAGGUCGAAAAGUAUUGUUAGUUCUCGAUAAUUCUGACGUACACCGACUUGCAGUUGAAAGCAUUCGUUGUUCUAGUCAUGCAUUCCAAAAUACCACAAUAAUUUUUCUUCCUUCCAACUCAACCAAUGUAUAUCAGCCCUUUGAAUUGGGAGUUUUCAACGCGUUUAAGAUUUUAUAUAGGUUGCAGUGGACUCGAUAUUGGAAAACACUUUUGUCCAAUGGACAGUCCCCACAAACUAAAACAAAUCUUCUUUUGGCGAUAAAAUGGGUCGCCUCUUCAUGGAACAUCUCACUGUCCGAAUCUAUAAUUGAUCGUGCUUUUCGCCGAUCGGGAGUGUUAAAUAUAAUUGAUGACAGUGAAGCUGCAUUACAGGUACCUUUCAUGUCAAACGAAGUGAAAGAAAUUAUUGAUUUGAUUCAAGAAGUAUUGGGGAAAGCAGAAGUAAAGUUAGAAAGUUAUUUGAGUCCGUUUGAAGAAAGCUUGGAGGACAAUGCGAAAAAUUUACAGGAUAACGAGAUUGCCGCAGAUUUUACGAACGAUAAAGAGUUUGAAACAGAUGAAGAAGAGCAAAGCUAUCCCCCUAUGCCUCAUGAAAAAGCGUUACAAGCGAUUCAAUUGCUUCUUCAAUAUGAGGCUCAACGACCGAAUAACGAUAACACAAAUUAUCCUCAGAUUGAAAGGCAUUUAUCAAUAAUUCAAAACCGACUACAAGAAAAAAAAUAGUCUCAAAAGGCAAAGAUGGAUUAAGUAAAUCUCUCGUGAUGUAUUAUUAAUGUUUCCCCUUCAAUUGAUGACUGGGCUUAGGAACAAGGUGCUGAAGUUUUCGCUCUUUUUUCAUUCAUGUUCUGUUGAAGUCUAUUGUAUAUAUUUAAGAGAAUUAGUGAAUUUAAGAUAUUCAAUAUAUGAUUAUGCUAAGUAUAGUAUUUUUAUAAAUCGCAC